CCACCUUUUGCACACAUUUCUGCACAUCGGGGAUAUAGAUAGAAUAGAUAGAUAAGAUAGAAUAGAUAGACAUGAAAUGGUCAUAAUUUUGUAAAAGUUAUGGCCCGUACACACGAUCCGAAUAUCGUACGAAAACUGUCAUCCGAGGAAGAAUCGUACGAUAAUUAGAUCGUUAGUACAGAAUUUUCGAGAGCCGACCGCGAUAAUUCAUCCGAUAUUAUUAGAUCGGACAAGCAUGAAAAUUUUCCUCGUACGAUACCAGAUCGUGCAAUUUGCAUUUAGUCAGGACAGUUGUCAUCCAAAAAUACAAUACAAAUACACUACAACACAUGACAUCACUUCCGAUUUUUAUUUUUUUCUGUCGUACGAGAAUUUUUGUACGACAGAGAAGCCGGAGGAUGCCUUUUUAGGACGAAACGUCGGGACGCCCUCUGCUGAUGCCACUGCGUCAUUUUGUUUUAUCUACAUGCUUUUAAUAUCUUCUCAAAUGUGAGUGUCCAUUUUUAAACAUAUACAAUAAAUGUUUCUUGUUGAAAUGGUAUCACACGAUGUGGCCUAUUUUCUCUCCUUCUACCGAUUUAUUAUUUGGAUGAAUUGCCUUUGAGUUUGUGUCACUGCAUCCUUGGUUGAACCCUACUGGCAACAAUAUUGUGACGGUCUUCCGCCUCAUAUGUCUACAUUGGAAGCUGUGUAUGCCGAUAUACUUUCCUGCCCUGGGUGUGCUACACCACAAGCUCUGUUGACUCAUUGUGUAUGCCUAGUUGGGUUCAACAUAUCUGACUGCGGUGCCCUUAAAACAGUGAAAAACGCAGAAGUGGAACAAUUCUCAGAAACAGACAAGUAUAUACGGUAUAGAUGCCUGGACGGCUACAAAAGAAAAGCGGGUACAUCAAAUUUUGCCAUAUGUGUAUUUAACAGUACCACUAAAAAGGCCUACUGGAAGUAUGGAAACCUCUCCUGCAUCCGAGACCCAUCAUUACCUAUGACUACGCACAGCACACUGACAUCACCUACCACAUCUGAUCAACAGCAUUAUACAGCUUUUCCAACUACUGGAGCAUCUACAAAAUACAUUAUGGAUACCACCAGCUCAACAACUUCUGGGUCACAAUCUACAACAAUUUUACCAACUACUGUAGGAAAAGCGACAGUGAAAACAACGACACAGCAACCCAGAUCUUCUGAACAUGCAGCAACUUCAAGGGAAACAACACAAUCUGUUCCAGAAACUCCUGAAUUAUCUACUAUCAGUUAUUAUACAACGACUGGACACGAUUCAAGCAUUCCAGGGUCACAAUCUACAACAAUAUUAGCAACUUCCGUUGGAAAAGCGACAGUGAAAACGACGACACAGCAACCCAAAUCUUCUGAACAUGCAGUAACUUCAAGGGAAACAACACAAUCUGUUCCAGAAUCCACAUACAUUUCCACUGAUGAAACUAAAUUAUCUACGAUCGGUUAUUAUACAAUGACUGGACACGAUUCAAGCAUUCCAGAUCCAAGUUUGUGGCAACAGGAGAAAACAAUUGGUAGCAUUGCUGGAGUAUUAUUAUUAUUCCUUACUCUACUAGUUAUCUGGAUCGUUAUUUGGAUGAAGCGCAGAAACCAACAUUCCCCAGUACCUCAGGAAGAGCUCAAUCAAGAACACGACUAUUCUAAUGACCAGGAAGAACUGGCGGAAGAAUCUACAAAUCUUUAAUGCACAAAUUACCCAAAUGUAGCACGCAGCGUUGUCUUCUUUAUGUUUUCUAAUAUAGUCCUUAGACUAAUGGACAGCAAUAAUACACAAAGGACAUUAUUUUCUAGAUUCUAUGACAGUGUUUUUCAACUCCAGUCCUCGGGGCACACCAACAGGUCAUGUUUUCAGGAUUUCCCUCAGAUG